GCUUCACGGAUAGCGAGAGAGGAGGAACAGGGAGUGAGAGAGUGAGAGAGACCUGUACCGCAUUACACGAAAUAACGAGCACAAGCACACACUUUCACACAUGCUACUGCAGAGCUGACACACACAGCGGAGAAAAGAGAGGGAACAGCGAAAUAUCUGCGGUCACGCCACAGGCACUCAGGUCAGAGCCGUAUCAGGAGCCAACCAGGAGUUGUGACAGGAGAGGAGAUCCAAUCAGAGGAGAGAAAUGUUGGUGCAGGGCGGGCCUUGGGUCCUGUCUGUCAUGUCGUUGCUCCUGCUGCUGUGGCAAGAAAUGUCUGCUAUCGAGGUUCCUCUUGAUCAAAAGAUCCAGCAGGAUUUGAAGCAGCCUCCCACCAUAAUGAAACAGUCAUUGAAGGACUACAUUGUUGAUCCCAGAGAUAACAUCAUCAUUGAAUGUGAGGCCAAGGGGAACCCCGUGCCAACGUUCUCAUGGCGACGGAACGGGAAGUUCUUCAACGUGGGGAAGGAUCCACGGGUGACGAUGCGGAAGCGCUCGGGAACGCUGGAGAUUAGCUUCCGGAGCGGAGGGAGGCCAGAGGACUACGAGGGGGAAUACCAGUGUUUCGCCUCUAAUGACUUUGGAACGGCGCUGACCAACAAGAUCCUACUACGAGUGUCCAAGUCCCCUCUGUGGCCCAAGGAGGUGUUGGAGCCAGUAGUAGUGGGUGAGGGUUCUUCCCUGGUCUUGGCCUGUAACCCUCCUCCAGGCCUGCCCCCUCCACACACCUUCUGGAUGAACAGCGCCAUGAUGUCUAUAACCCAAGAUAGGCGUGUGUCCAUGGGUCUGAAUGGAGAUCUGUAUUUCUCUAAUGUUCUGGCUAAAGACUCGCACACAGACUACAGCUGCAACGCCCGCUUCCUCUUCACACACACCAUCCAGCAGAAGAACCCCUUCACACUCAAAGUGCAGACCAGUCGUAAGGUAGCAGAGACUCCCCCUAACUUCCUCUCCCCUACGGGGACUGACAGCUCAAGGAUGAUGGUGCUGAGAGGACAAAAACUACAGCUGGAGUGUAUCGCUGCUGGAGUUCCCACCCCCAGUAUAAAGUGGUUUAAGAAGGGAGGAGACCUGAACCAGAAGGUGAAGCUAGACAACUUCAAUAAGACUCUGCGUAUUGACAGCGUGUCAGAGGAGGACGCAGGGGAGUACAUGUGUAUGGCCAACAAUCAGAUAGGAAGCAUCCGACACUCCAUCUUCGUCCAGGUUAAAGCGGCUCCCUAUUGGCUGGACAAGCCGUUCAACCUGGUGUUAGCACCGGAUGAGAGCAGUCGCCUGGUGUGUCGGGCCAAUGGGAACCCCAAACCACUCAUCCAGUGGCUGGUCAACGGAGAGCCUAUGGAGAGAAAUAGCUCCCUGCCCAACACCAGAAGAUCGGUGGUAGGUGACACCAUCAUCUUUCACUCUGUUCAGAUCGGCAGCAGCGCUGUGUACCAAUGUAACGCCUCCAAUCACCAUGGUUACCUGCUGGCCAACGCUUUCGUCAGCAUAUUGGACAUGGCUCCCAGGAUGCUUGGUGCUAAGAACCAGCUAAUAAAGGUGAUAGAGAACAACAGAACCUUCCUGGACUGUCCCUUCUUUGGCUCGCCACUUCCUGAGCUACGUUGGUUUAAGAAUGGUCAGGGCAGUGGUCUGGACGGUGGUCAAUACCGGGUCUACAUCAACGGGAGCCUAGAGAUCAAGCGUGCGCGGGUUGAGGACCAGGGUACAUACACCUGUGUGGCCAGCAACAUCCUGGGCAAGGAGGAGAACCAGGUCCGACUGGAGGUCAAAGAGCCGACCCGUAUCGUCAGGGCUCCAGAGCACCAGUCAGCAAUUAGAGGCACCAUGGCUCGUUUUGACUGCCGGGUCAAAUCAGACCUCACCCUGCCCAUCACUGUUACCUGGCUGAAGGAUGACAAGCCUCUCUCUCUGGGAUGGAGGUUAAAGAAGGAUGAGGAUUCCCUGUCCAUCCCUAAUGUCCACGAGCAGGAUGAGGGAACAUACACCUGUACUGUUAAAUCAGAGAUCGACCAAGACACUGCCUCAGCACGUCUUACUGUGAUAGAGGACACCUCCCUGUAUCCCACACAGUCUAGUGCCUUGCCUGCUGACUAUCCUGACCCUCCCAUGGACCUGGAGGUGUCUGACCCAGACAAACGCAGCAUACGACUGACCUGGAUACCUGGAGAUGAACACAACAGCCCUGUCACAGAGUUCCUUGUUCAGUUUGAGGAGGACCGUUGGGAACCUGGUCAAUGGCAGAACCUGUCUAGUUACCCCAGAGACCUCAACUCUGUCAUCCUGCAGCUCUCUCCCUUCGUCAACUACCAGUUCAGAGUUAUCGCUAUCAACUCUGUGGGCAAGAGCCGGCCCAGCCGCCCCUCGCAAAGAUAUCAGACCAGCGGAGCCUCUCCUGAUGCUAUCCCUAGUGGCCUGAAAGGCUGGGGCACCAAGAACACAAACAUGGAGAUCAGCUGGGAGCCCUUGUUGAACACAGAGCAAAACGGCCCUAACCUGCACUACUCGGUGUGGUGGAGGCGUAAGGAUACGGGGGAGGAAUGGAACAACGUGACUACGGUGGGGGCGAAGCACAUUGUCCACGACACAGAGACCUACGUUCCCUAUGAGAUCAAACUGCAGGCCAGGAAUGACUUCGGACCAGGACCUGAGUCCAACAUCAUCAUAGGAUAUUCUGGGGAGGACAAGCCUACAGCCCCUCCUACAGACCUGCAUGUGUCAAAUAUUGACAGCACCAAGGUCAACGUCCACUGGACCCCGGUAGACCCCAACACUGUCCUGGGAGAGUUCAAGGAGUACAGGCUGUACUACUGGCGUGAGGGCAGCAUGGUGAAGGGUCUGCAUGUGAAUAAAGAGAAGAAGACUAAAGGGUUCUACAGUACCGUGGCCCAGCCUACUGGCAUAUUGACAGACCUACAGCCAUACAGCCACUACCGCAUGUUUAUGGUGGUCGCCAACAGUCGUUACGAUGGGCCGCCGAGCAACCAUGUGGAUUUCCAUACUAAGGAAGGAGUGCCAGAUCUUCCUCAGUUCUUUAAGAUCGUCCAGAGGAGUCCAGAGUCUAUCCACCUUGAGUGGGACAAACCCCUGGAGCCUAACGGCAUUCUGACUGGAUACACACUCAACUAUCAAGCAGUGAACGGGUCACGUGUGGGCCACAUGCAGAUGGAGAGUUUCCUCCCUAACGUGACAGCCUACAGACUCCGCUUGCCAGACCAAGCUAUUCGCUACAGGUUCUACCUGGCGGCCCACACACAGGUGGGAGCAGGGAAGAUCUACACUGGGGAGUCUCCACAUUUCACCAAUGAAGAAUACUUUUUCAGCUCAGGUACUGACCACUCAGGUGCAGUCGAGCCUACAGACGUCUCCAUGUCUACAACUGUCCCACCUCCUCUUCCUCCCACUACUACCGCUGCUACUACAACCAUUAGUACUACUACCACUACUACUACUACUACUACUCCUACUACUACCGCAACUGUUACUGCUUCUACUACCGCUACCACUCCUGUGUUGGUCACCAGCACCAAGCAAGCAGAUACAAAUGUGUUGGGCAUGGCUCCUGGGAGGGUGAUCUGGAACUUGACGGUGAAGCCUAACAGUAACUACGCUAACGUCAGCUGGAACCACAACUUCCCAAUCGGCAGCAGCGAGUUCCAGCUAGAGUUCACACUGGACGGCAAUGGCAGUGUGUCAAGCGUACCAGUGAACCAGCCGCCCAUUAAGCUGGCGGGGCUGAUCGAAGGGGCCAAGUACCGCCUGAGGGUGUACUCCAACGAAUACCACAGCAUCUCCAGCAAUGUUGUCACCUUUGAGACCAGCGCAGCCUACAUUAAAGACCAGGUGGACAUUGCUACCCAGGGCUGGUUUAUCGGGCUGAUGUGUGCCAUCGCUCUCAUCAUCCUCAUCCUCCUCAUCGUCUGCUUCAUCAAGAGGAGUCGCGGAGGCAAAUAUCCAGUACGAGAUAAAAAAGAUCUCCCUCUGGAGGGAAUGGAUCAGAAGGGAGAGGAUGGAUCAUUUGACUACCACAGCGACGAGGACAACAAGCCUCUGCAGGGCAGCCAGAACUCUCUGGACGGCGGGGUGAAGGAGAGUGACGACAGCCUGGUGGACUAUGGCGAGGGAGGGGAUGGCCAGUUCAACGAGGACGGCUCCUUCAUCGGCCAGUACACUGUCAAAAAGGACAAGGACGAGACGGAAGGCAACGAGAGUUCCGAGGCCACCUCACCCGUCAACGCCAUCUACUCGCUGGCAUAGUCCCCCUGCCCGGCCUGGCCUGGGGAUCUGAGGAACUCCCCCUGGCGGUCGGAGGGUGAUAUUACCACCACUACUACUACUACACACACACAUACGCGAACACACACACAUAUGAAUAUAAGUGUAUUAAUAUAUAAAACACAUAUACACAUGUAAACACACGCAGCACCUGCCUGGAGACUGUUUGACCUCUUAAACCGGAGGGAGAAACCAUUCCUCUGAGAAUUAAGGGGGUGUGAAUGGAAUGGAGUUGAAGUUACUGUGAGCCAAGCCAUGACGUUCGGCUAUUGACGUUCUAUAGAAAUGGCUUGCCAAGGUGAAGUUUGGUAAUCUUCAACAGUACCAGUAUCUCUAUGCUCCUCCUUCUGCCCCUCACACAGACUGAGUGUGCCUAACGGGCAAGCUUCAGUUGUAGAGGACUAGGAGGAAACGCCAAGGUUUUCAACCAUUUUGUGUGCCUCUAGAGCUUUCUUUGUUUUCAACGUACUCAGCUUUCCCCCCAAACCCCUCUCUUUCUCCCCACACACAUCCUCACGCCCCCCUGUGUCUUUACCGAGCGUCCCUAGGGAAGGCGACACAGACACUCGUCCUGUGAGCAUAUCAGCUACGGACCACCAACAUAGCAGGAUGUUGGCAGAUAUGUUUAUCACAUUGAUAUUUUCACAGAGAGAGAUGGUUUUUUGUUCUCAAUUGAUACAGCAGAUGAGUCAUUUGAAUAUAUGAAUGCUGUAAACAGUGCUAGCUCACCUUCUAGUUCACUGCAAAACUAUGCAUUACCAACACCUCAUGUUUUUGGGUAAGGUCUGGUUAUUAAUUAAAUUGUUUAUUUUUCAGUGUUGACUCACAGGUUUAAAGAAGAAUAACCUGCUUAAUGAAAUUAUAUUGUUCCCUUGCCUUCCCGCUGUCGUAAAUGUACCUAUGAUUCACCUCCAAACUCAAGUCGUGUGGAGAUAUUAAAAACGGCCACAGUUAUAGCAAUGCUAUUCCUGCCUCAAGCUUUUUUUAUAUAGUACAAGCCACUACAAUGUCAGUUAUAAAUGACAUUAAAAAAUAUAUUUUAUUUUCAAGCAUGGUAGUACAUUAGUGCACGAGACCUAGGACAAGUAGCUUGGAGAGGAGGUUUUACCUGCUUUGCUGUUUGUACAUCUCUAUGGCAACUGGCACUCCGAGGAUUUGACUCACUUCCUGUUUACUUCAUGGUUAGCAUGGCUGUGAUCCUUAGGCUUGAUUGGCACCCCUUUUGUAUGCUUCUUUUAUAACAGUAGUUAGAGGCAGGCUGAAUCUGCAAAGGCAGGACUUCUCAACCCUUCAGAACUUAUUUAGAAUCCUAAUUUACUUUUGAACAAUUCAAAAUAAAACCAAAACAUAUUUUAUGUCUUUGAAAAUAGGUUACAGACAACUCUGUGAAGGUAUUGAACAUUGAACGUCCCUGUAGAUUCUGCCUGGCCCUAGUCAUCAUUGACAUGUAGCCAUUAUGUCAAGGAAGUGUGAAGAAGUUGGGGUGCACCAAUACAGUGGUGAACUGCCAUUUUACCACCGAUACUGAUACAGUGGUGAACCGCCGUUUUACCACCGAUACUGAUACAUUGGUGAACCGCCAUUUUACCACCGAUACUGAUACAGUGGUGAACCGCCGUUUUACCACCGAUACUGAUACAUUGGUGAACCGCCAUUUUACCACCGAUACUGAUACAGUGGUGAACCGCCGUUUUACCACCGAUACUGAUACAUUGGUGAACCGCCAUUUUACCACCGAUACUGAUACAGUGGUGAACCGCCAUUUUACCAUGUGAUCUUUUCAUUAGUAGAACUCACUAAUGAGUCUUCCUUGAUGUUUCACCUCUUAAAGUGGCAGAAAGCUCAGCACCCAUAUUUACAACUUAUUACAACGGCACUACUAAAGUCUUUCAUGUUAAAUCAAAUAGAUCUUAGCUAAUCAAUGGUGAUUAGCUAACAGACGUCACAUUGUAUUUCAGGUUUGUAUUUCAUAUUUUAAUUGAUUCCCUUAUGUUUAUAUUAUUCAUUAAUAUAUUAGUAAUUCACUUAUUAAUUGUUGAAUACACAUUUUUGACCGAUUGACUUGGUCUCACAUCAGAACCAACUCAGAACCCACGAUAAAGAACUUUACUGAAUUUGAAAAUUGCCGUAUGACAUAUUUUGUGGCGAAGGUUAUUUCUGCUGUAAACGAGCAACAUUCACUGUAUGUCACCAUUAAAGAGGUUGUGCUGAUCUAUUCACUGCUCUUCAUGUUGAGUAUUCAUGUUAUAUUACUGUUAGUAUUCCAUGUUUGUAUUAUCAUUUAUUUCAUAUCAAUUUCACAUAAUACAGGAAUGUAACAUUGCAUUUGUCAUACUGUAGCUAUAGGUACACACACUGUAGGUCCUUUGUAAAUAUCCAUGAGAAAAACAGCUUGAUGGGUAAAAGAAAGAAUCACACAUCUGUAUCCACCAAGAAAAUGUACCUGGUGCAUCUCAUGAUUGGGACUCAAAAUGACUUCAUCAAUGUUGUCCCGAUGAACUUCAUUUGAAAUGUUAAGAGAUGGCUUGUGUCUCUCUGUCGGUAACUUUUCUGAUCAUCACUAAUUCAAAAGAAAGAGUUGAGAAUAAACAGUAUAUUGUGGAACAGGUAUACAGGAGGCCUAGUCAGCCCCUUUAUGGUGUAAAUGAAAGUGCUCAUGAAAUGUAUCAUUCUCUGCACACAUGUACGAAGCAUAUAAAAAAAGGCAUUUUCUGAGUUACCGAAUAGCCAAUUUUGUUUUUGUAUUAAGGCAAACCCGGGACUUUCUCAAGGCUGCACAGACUCAUCAUGCCUUUCACCUAACAUGCCUGCUGCUCCACCCCUCCUGGUGACAGCCCAGUAACUGGUUGCCAUUUUGAAAGGGAUACAUUUGGUCCUGUGCUUCAGUCCUUCAAAGAGAUGUCUUUUGUCCUGCCUUCAUCCUCACCCAAGUCUUGAAAAAAGAAUAUGCUGUAUGUCCACCAACAGCCUCUGUGAACUGGUCCUCUUUAAACCUCCUUCUUUCUCCAGCUUCUCAAAGCAAUCUCCACAUAGAAUUGUGACCCAUUUGUUUUUUAUGCGGUUGCUUUGUGAUAAAGUUCACCAUGACCUCUGGGUACAGUUGCCUACCAUCUACAGACACCUGACCACUGUAUAAACAUGAGGAAACAGGAGACCAGGAGUGCUGGCAGAGACACAAUACAGUGCCCUUCCUGUUGCUAUAUGCUCUUCUAAACAAAGCAAGACUAAGCGCACAGAGAGACAGUCCACUCUCAAACCUUCAACAAACCUUAAAGACUGCUGAAUCACGGAAUGUUAGAUGACGGAUUUAGAACUUCUAGUUCAGAACUUUAGCCUUGAGCUCACCGUUGUUUGUGUUUGGGUCACGAUACUGUACAAGCUCUUUCCCUUGACAGCAUUUGUCCUUUCCCUGUAUGGAUCCUAAAGGGGAAUUAGUGAACUGGCUAGAAAACAAUAAAAAGAGAAUUAUGCAUAUUUGCUGAUACACAGUGCUUUCUUAUGUCUUAUUGUUUGUUUGUGCACGAUGAUUGUAGGUGCAUACAGAUGUAAGAUAUUAAUUUGAUCACCCUGCUGCAGGAGAACUUUACUGCAAUGCAGGACAUUUUCUAUGUGGAGUGUAUUUGAGGUUUAAAAAGGCUUCUGAAGAAAUGUAGACAUUUCAGACUUGAUUUUCUCAUUAUGAAAAAUGUAUCAACCCCUACAAAAAUGUCCAUUCAUUAUAAUCCACAUAAUAAUUCACAUUUCCUGUUGCUGCAGGAUUAUUUUUCUGUUAUAGCAAUCUGGCUCAAGUUAAGUUCCUACAUCUGUAUGGAGUAGUGUGUCUUCUCAUUCCGUUUGUAAUGUUUGCAUCGUCUAGACACCACUCCUCCCCUACAAUAGCAAAGGAACUAACAAGGGGUUACAGAAAUGUAAGAGUAUCUGUGUAUUUUCACAGCUUUGAGUUCAGUUUAUUUGUGAUUCUGCAAAACUGGGAUUUUAUCCUUACAAUGAGACGCACAUAACAAUUAUAAAAUUGGAGCUUGGAUUAUUAUACUUGUUGUGGAAUUAUUUUAGUACAUUUGUAUUUCUCUGUUUACUUUUACAAGUGUAUCAAAGCAGCUUCCCAGUCUUUCUUCUACUCACGAAAUAACAUAUUUUGUAAGGUACAUCUAAUCAACAUUAAAAUGGCAUAUUUAUAUAUUCACCAUGUAUGCGUGUAUGAUGAGAUGUUGCAACUUCUGCUAGAGACACCUUCUUUAUAGUAAAGCUAUCUCUUUUUCUCUAA